AUGACCAUUUGAAAUGUUGAAAAUGAAGCAAGGAAGUAUGAGUCCUAAAACAAGAAUGGGAAUUACUAUUACUAUUCUCAUCUUCACCCAAAUCUUGCUCUGCAUUCAUGCUACUGAAACAGAUAUAUUCUGUUUAAAAUCCAUCAAGGAUUCCUUAGAAGAUCCAUAUAAUUUCUUAGCUAGCUGGGACUUCAACAACAAAACCGAAGGUGUCAUUUGCAUUUUUGUGGGUGUUAACUGCUGGAAUCCCAAUGAAAACAGAGUGCUAGGAAUCGACCUGUCAAACAUGAGGCUGAAGGGCCAGUUUCCGCGGGGACUUCAUAAUUGCACUUCAUUAACUGCCUUAGACCUUUCAUCAAACAGCUUAUGGGCACCUCUCCCCUCUGAUAUUCAUACAUUACUCCCCUUCGCUGUCUCCAUUGAUCUCUCCAACAACCACUUCAGCGGACAGAUUCCACCGUCUCUCGCUAGCUGCACUUACCUGAAUGUUCUCAAGCUUGAUGGCAACAUGCUCAGUGGUGGAAUCCCGGGUCAACUUGCGGCGCUUCCCAGGAUCCGAACACUGUCUUUUGACAACAAUAAGUUGUCAGGGGAAGUUCCUAACUUGGCAUAUGGUUCGGUAAGUGUUAGCUAUGCUAAGAAUAGGGGGCUUUGUGGAGGGCCCUUGGAACCAUGCUCCUUCGACGGAGGAGGAGGGCUUAUUAUCAUGGACCAAUCCUUCAAGGAUGGCCUUUUUGUUGGUUUUGCAUCAUCCUUUAGUUUUCUUCUUGCGUGCAUCUUUUUCCUUUCAAAUAGUUACUGGGCAAAAUUAUUGAAGUGGAUCAACCACAAUAAAGGUGUAGAACUAGUCAAAUAUGUGUGUUCCAUCAUCACAGGGAGAAAGCUCGGAAUAGAAGCUGAUCAGAUGCCUCAAUUGCAGGAGAAAGGAAGCCAAAAGAUAGCUCUACUACUGGAAAGAUUAACAUCCACUAUGAAGUUUGAAGAACUAAAUGAUGCAACAGACGGAUUUUCUAUAAACAAUGCAAUUGGGUUUGGAAAGAUGGGAAUAAUGUACAAGGGAAAAUUGGCUAACGGUUGGCACCUAGCCAUUAAGAAACUAACUGAUUCUCAACAAUUUGGGAGACGAGUUCUUAUAGAAAUAAGGAUUCUAGGUAAGCUCCGACACAGAAACAUAGUUCCCCUGCUUGGGUUCUGCAUCGAAAACGAUGAAAGGAUUCUGGUGUACCCGUAUUUCUCAAAUGGAAGACUCUCGAAAUGGUUGCACCCUUUGGAAACUGAGGCUAUGAUAUUGACAUGGCCACAGAGGAUUAACAUUGCACUAGGUGUGGCUAGAGCCUUAUCUUGGCUCCAUCAUUUAUGCAAUCUGCAUGUGGUGCACUUGAAUAUUUGUUCACGGAGUAUCUUGCUAGAUAAGAAUUUUGAACCCAAGUUAUCCAAUUUUGGAGAUGCCAAGUUUUUGAACCCCAACAACCAUGAGAGUCUAGGCAUGUCGUUUUAUAUCAAGGAUGGGAAGAAGGAUGUUUAUGAUUUUGGUAAUGUAAUUUUUGAGUUGGUCACGGGAAAAUUAUAUGAGGAAUUGGUGGAGAGUUCAUGUAACAAUGCUAAUCUAUCUCCUAAUCCUUCAAGUUUUUAUAGUGCAAUUGAUAAGUUUAUUAUUGGUGAAGGGUUUGAAAGUGAAGCGUUUAUGCUCAUGAAGAUUGCUUGCGAGUGUGUUCAGCCUUUUCCAGAACAAAGACCAACAAUGGUUCAAGUCUACAACAAAAUGAGCAGUCUAUGGGAAGAGAGACAUGAACUUUGCGGUGAUUCUAACACUUGCACGCGAUCAGAGAGUUUUUCUGCUACUGACCGUGAUGAAUUUGUUGAAUUAUAACCAUAGUUGUCGUAGACUUUAAUAUAUAUUAUAAUAUUUUAUUUUCUUUUGGCCCCCAUUUGCUGUAAAACUUGUUCUUGGAUCUUGCAAUACUCCACCGGUGAACUCAGAAGGCAUGGCACCAUCACAUUCAGGAUCUAUCUCUUUAGUGUUCCCUCCACUUUGUCAACUCUGCCCAAUUUGUAUGUUUAAAAUUUAAAUCUCACUAUUA